AUGCAUUCCUAUUCCUACCAUCUCAAAAUCGAGCUCUACCCAAGCCCCGACCCCCUGUCGGCCAACCAAACGAUCCGUGACGCACACGCUGGCAGCUCAAGCGGGCCUGUCAUCUGGCAUCCGGACGUGGGGUCCAGCAUCUUCGACAUCCUACCACCUCACCCCGACCGCCGCAGCGACCCUGCCACCUCCGGCUCCUCGAAGAAGCGCGAGAAACAAAGGAGUAUCGACCAGCUCGAACAAUACCUGCCCUCAGAGGACCGCCACUUUCUUCACCGUGCCCCUGCCAGAGUGAUCGACUGCGGGACUUGUAGGCCGCUUCCCCCCGCGGCCGGCGAGGAGGACGGUGAUACCGGGUUACCGAGCACGGCAAGGCGCCGGGAGAGGUCAAGGAGCUUUCCAGCCCCGGGCCACCUGAGCGGUAUUGGACCUCAUUCAGCGGCCAGAGACUGGCGUUUUGGAUCUAUCAGCAUAGAAAGCUUCGACGUGCCCGACGGCUUUCACGGCCAAGGCCCUGGGCAGUCCUGUCCCACCAUGGCAAGCAGUGCUCACCCUUCCCCGGCCGCGUCACUGGGGCCAAAUCUUGGGGGCCCGGGGACCGAUACCAAGGGCGAGUUUGUGCCCCUGACUGGCAAGAAGACAGAGGCUGGUUGGGGGAUAGUGCAUCUCUACCGCGAGCCCCACGAGCCCCACGAGCCGGGCCUCGCGAGCACAUCGACCGAAAGCCUCGGCGGCGGCGACGGCACCAUUCUCUGCAUCCCCGCUGUCCCGGGCUACCUAUCGCCCAUCGGGUUUCUUAAUUUCGUGGGGCGCAAGUGGAUGCCGCAGGUGGCACACUACCGCAUGCUCAUGACCAGCGCCCUCGGCACCUACAUGGUUCUGAUCAAGUGCCGGGAUCACCACUCGGCCGAAGCCUGGAGGAAGGAAUUCGACGGCAAGACGUUCGGCCCCGUGCGUGAGGAGGGCAUCUGCCACGUCACCUUCAUCAAAUCCAUCACGAUCGAGACGCCGUCCCAGCCCGAGGCGGGCUCGUCCAAGAGCUCAGCAGUCACCCACCAUCUCAGCUCGCUCAAGCCGUUCCCGCCCCCGACCCCUGACCUCGUCGAGCUACCCACAUGCACGGUAUGCCUCGAGCGCAUGGACGACACCUCGGGGCUCAUUACCAUCCCGUGUCAGCACAUCUUCCACUGCACCUGCCUACAGUCAUGGAUGGGGUCGGGCUGCCCCGUCUGCAGGGCCACGAACCCGGCUCAACAGUCGGCCGACCCCAGCGACCCGUACUCGCACCCUUUUGGCCACGGCAUCUCCAACAUCUGCGUCACGUGCGACACGACGGAUGACCUGUGGAUAUGUCUGAUCUGCGGCAACGUGGGCUGCGGCCGGUACAAGGGGGGGCAUGCCAAGGAACACUGGAAGGAGACGGCACAUUGCUUCAGCCUCGAGCUCGAGACACAGCACGUGUGGGACUACGCAGGCGACAUGUGGGUUCACCGUCUGAUCCGUGAGAAGGGCGAGGGCAAGGUGGUGGAGUUCCCCAGCACCGACAUGGCGGCGCGCGAAGGGGACAGGCAGGCGGGGCCCGACCUGGACGUGGUGCCGCGCGCGAAGCUGGACAACAUCGGCAUGGAGUACACCAAUCUCCUGUCCAGCCAGCUAGAGAGCCAGCGGGCCUACUUUGAGGAGAUGAUCAGCAAGGCGGCGGACAAGGCGGCAAAGGCGUCUGCUGCGGCGGAGGCUGCUUCCUCCCAGGCGGCGGAGGCGCUGAGCAGGCUCCAGGUCAUGGAGGAGGAGCACAGCACGCUCAAGGGCGAGGUCAUCCCGCAGCUAGAGCGGGACCUUGAGCGUGAGCGCAAGCGCGGUGACAGGUCGACGGAACUGGCAAGAAAGCUAGGCCAGUCCCUUCAGGAGGAGAAGAAGAUCAAUGAGGGCCUGUUGGAGAAGGUGCAGCACGUGAACCGGGCGCUGGAGGCAUGCAGGGCACAGAAUGAGGAGCUGAGCAGGGAGGUUGCAGAGCAGAAGGACAUGAACCACGACCUCACGCUGUUUAUCUCGGGACAGGAGAAGCUCAAGGAGAUGGAGCAGCAGGGCCAGGUAACGCAGGAGGAGCUCGAGGGGGGCGAUGCCAGCGUGCCUGAGAAGAAGGGCCGGGGCAAGGGCAAGAACAGGGGAAAGGGGAAAGGCAAAUAA